AUGGCUUCCCUCCGCCUUGCAUUUCCUCGUGGAGGAUUCCCUCUCCACUCAAAACAACUUCAGCGAUUACGCUUCACCCCUAGCAUACGACACGCAUCGACGACACCACCUCCCAAACCACGAGUAUUAGAGAAGCCAGACAAGUUCCGUCCACCAUCACAUCCAUCGCGACUUCGAAGUAAGCCCAAAUACAACUAUGGACCCGAUCUAUCCCAGGAGCAGAAGGCGAAGCGAUACCCUCACAUGAUGCCCCCAGAAGGAACGUUUCUGCAUUGGUUCCUCACGAAUAGAUCAAUCCAUGUAUGGAUCAGCAUGUCCGUUCUCAUCUCCCUCAUCUUCGGAAUCUGGCUCAGCGACUUCCUCAACAACACCCCCUACCGCGACCUCCUACCCCCCAACUCCAUGUUCUGGGCCCAUCCCUUCCAAUUCCUCGCUCGCUGGGGCGAAGUAUACAACAUGCACGUCGCGUACGUCAGUCAGCAGACAGCGGAAAUGAGGAAGCAGAAAGUGGAGGAUGUGAAGAAGAGGUCGGAGUACAGGAAAGCUCAUGGGAUUGAGGAGAGUGAGGGGAUCUUGGGUGGGUGGACUGCGAGGAUGGCAGAUGAAGUGACCGGUCAAGGCGAGACCUAUAUUGACUUCGAGGGCAAGCAGCAGCCGGCCAAGAAGAAGUGGUUUGGCAUAUGGUAG